AUGGCUCAGCUGUGGCGCCGUUGGCAUCGGCAGUGGCACAGCUCAGUCGUCGCAGCGCUGCGGUCAACGCACUUGCCAGUCGACGUCCUUCUGGACCGACAGCAGCCCCUUCUCAGCCGCAUCUACCGCUGGAUCGUCACCUGCAAGCGCCAACGCGAGUCGAGUUGCAAAGAGCGCGUAGCUCCGUCGCACGUCCCGGUGCUGAGUGUAGGGAACGUCACGUUCGGAGCGACGGGGAAGACGCCGUUCGUGCAGUUUCUACUGCACUACCUCUUGAAGCAACAGGAGACCAAAGGCCGCGUGCCGUUGGUACUGAGUCGCGGCUACGGGGACGACGAGUGGCGGAUGCUCCAUCAGCAAUUUCCUACUUGUCACGUGGCGUUGGGCGGUGAUCGCGUGGCGGCUGGAGCUGCCAAAGUCAAAGAACUGGGCGAAGACACUGCAUUGUUGAGCUGUGUGGUGCUGGACGACGGGUUGCAGCAGUGGCGAGUGGCAAAGGACCUGGAGAUUGUUAUGGUCGAUGCGCUGUGUCCGUUGGGCAACGGUCUGCUACUGCCGUGCGGAAGUUUGCGGGAGCUGCCGCGCGACGCUUUUGCUCGAGCUGAUGUGGUCGUACUGCACCAUGCGACGUUCGUGGAGAAGGAACGUGUGCACGAACUCAUGGGAAGUGUGCGACGCCUGAUGGACCCGAGACGACGGCCGAUUGUUGCUACGUCACACAUGAAAGUCACGAAACUGGUUCGCGUCAACGAGGUCCUGUCAAGCCCAACGAGUGGUGGUGACAGCUUUGAGCAUGUUGGUGUGAAGAGAGACGGCCGCGUGUGCGUGGAUGGUCGCUUUGGGUUGAUCGUUUGCGGUGUCGGGAACCCAGAGUCGGUCAAGAGAGUAGUGGAACAAUGGGCUCGCUGGGCUCACGUGGAGCUGCGAGCGUUCCCUGAUCAUCACGCGUUCUCCCAAGGCGACGUGCACGACCUCUUGGAACGCGUGCGUGAGAUCCAGCGCUUUGAGAGCUUAGUCGUGGUGACUACGGAGAAAGACUUUGCUCGGUCACCAGUGGCCAUGCAACUUCUGGCAGCGAAAGUCGAUCUGCGAGUGCUUCACUGCGAGCUCGAGCUGCUGUACAACCGCCAACAAGUCGAGCGACGCAUUGACUCGUGUUUCAGCAAAGUAGCUGGCAGUCAUGGGACACCGGGCAAGAUUGUCGAAGCGUGCCUUCAAACACCAUUUGCUGUACGCUGCAUGGACCUGGCGCCACCAUGUAUCUGCCCGGUACGACGACUUUGA